AGGCAGACUGCUUUUACAAACAUUUGUGAAAGACUGUGUAAUAAGUCCAAUUGGGAAAUUUCCUUGCUACUAAAUAUUCCACGGUCAACUGUUAGUGGUAUUGGAACAAAGUGGAAGCAACUGGGAACAACAUCAACUCAGCCACGAAGUGGUAGGCCACGUAAAAUGGCAGAGCAUGGUCAGCACAUGCUGAAGCGCACAGUGUGCAGAACUCACCAACUGUCUGCAGAGUCAAUAGCUAAAGACUUCCAAACUUCAUGUGGUCUUUAGAUUAGCACAACAGUGCGUAGAGAGCUUCAUGGAAUGGGUUUCCAUGGCCGUGUAGCUGCCUCCAAGCCUUACAUCACCAAGUGCAAUGCAAAGUGUCAGAUGCAGUGGUGUAAAGCAUGCCGCCACUGGAUUCUAG